AUGGAACCAGUCGGAGAGGACGUAACUUCUUCCCAAGCGUGUGGGAAUGGGACACCGAAGACGCCAGACACAACAACAUUAGACAACGAGCAUAAUGAAAAAAAUAGUACAAUGAUUGAAGCCGAACGAGAAAGAAACAAAAGUAUUCUAAGACGGCUUACCAAGACGUCAUUACUGGAGUUGUGCGAAGAAAACAGCGUUGGUGAAUUUCACUUGUUUGAAGAAUGUCAGGAAAAGCAUUGCUUAAUUGUGAAACAAGUGUUUCGUUUGAUGACAGAUCUUGUACAGAAAUGCUCAGAAAUUGAUCCGAGAUUCGAGAGUAAACUUUUUUGGACAGGGAGUAGUGCAGAAGGAACGAAAAUGUGGUUACCUGAUGAAUUUGAUUUUUUAAUGGAGCUUGUGGUAUUGCGAGGAAACUGUGAAUACGAUAAUUCUUCCGUGUUUUUAUCAAAACUUUUUCUUAAAAAAGAAUGUCAGAAAUUGUGGUCAAAACUAUGUUUUACUAAUAAAGAUUAUAAAGAUCCAACCACCCUUUCUCCCUUAAAGCUGAAGAAUCGCUUCUCAAUUUUGGUAAUGGAUGCUGUUUCUCUCCUGGAUAAAAACAAGUACCAGAAUAUUCGAUUUGACGACAGGUAUUAUUUAAAAAACACCAGAGUUGGAAUCAAUAUUACAAUUUAUUGGCUGGGAGAAAAAUACAAGAAUAUGAAAAUCGAAAUUGAUUUGACCGUGGGAGUUCCAUUAGUUCUAACUGAGAUACAGUUAUCAAAUUAUCGUGAGCACAGUGUUGGGAAAUUGCUUGAUAACCGUAUUCACGUUAUUCCUUACAUGAAAUAUAAUGUCUUUUGGCGACCUUCGUUUUCGCUUUCAGAAUUUCAAAUGUUGAAAAAUUUAACUAGAAAACAGGUCACACUUUACAAAUGUCUAAAGUUCUGUCGCGAUAUUUACGAUCAAUAG